UCAUUAGGCAAACAGACUUUCGGAAACCUGGACUCAUCAUAUCCUUAAUACGCAUAUAAGUGAUGUCACAAUUAAAUGUUGGACUAAUGUUGACUUUUUGGAAAUGUAGAGAGAUUCGUUUUAUUUUGUUUUCAAGAUUAAGAGCGCAUUUGAAUGUAUUCAGCGUUGAAGUGCUUCCAGUGGGGUGGAGUGUGUGUGUGCGCGCGUGUGAGAGAGAGAGCGAGAGAGAGAGAGCUUUUCCUUUUUCCCAUCUCUUCCCAGCUGCUGAUCGACACAGCGGCAGUUGCUGAGAAAGCGAGGAGACAGAGGACAUGCCGCCGCUGCUGUGACCAUCUGGAGGGCGCCCCUGCCCGAAACCAGAUGCCGGAGAUUCGCACAUACAUUAACAUGACGAUCCUCAAAGGGGAUAAGGGUGACCGUGGCGAUAAGGGGACGCCCGGGAAGGCGGGAGCAGAAGGGCCGCCAGGAUCACGGGGGCCUAUGGGUCCUAAAGGAACCAAAGGCCAAGCUGGUGCCCCAGGAGAUGCCUGCAAAACUCAGCAUGCUGCUUUCUCUGUGGGCCGAAGGAAGGCACUGCACAGUGUAGACUACUACCAGGCCCUGGUCUUCGACACGGUCUUCGUCAACCUCCACGAGCACUUCAACAUGUUCAAGGGCAAGUUCUACUGCUACGUCCCGGGGAUCUACUUCUUCAACGUCAACAUCCACACCUGGAACUUCAAGGAGACCUACAUGCACAUCAUGCACAACGACCAGGAGAAGGUGAUCCUGUACGCCCAGCCCAGCGAGCGCAGCAUCAUGCAGAGCCAGAGCAUCAUGCUGUCCCUGGAGCAGAACGACGAGGUGUGGGUGCGCCUGUACAAGCGCGAGCGGGAGAACGCCGUGUACAGUGACGACGUGGACGUCUACAUCACCUUCAAUGGCUACAUCAUCAAGCCCAGUCUGGAAUGAACCCCUAGACCAAGGGUGUUAAACUCAAAGCCCUGGAGGGCCACAGUGUCUGCAGGUAUGAGCAGUCAGUCAAGGCUUUGAGAACUAGGUGCAUGGACUCUUUAGC